UGAUAAAGUUUUGGAUUAUUAUAAAUCAGUUUAAUCUCAUAAACCUAAUAGUAUAAUUUUCUUUUAAUACCUCGUAAGUAUAUAGAACUUCAAACAAGUGGCGUAGCCCCCUUUGUUCAAGGUUGACACUCUUUCCCUUGAAAAUUACGCUAUAUAGAUAGAUGCUUGCUAGAAGAAUAUGGUAAAUACCAUGGUAGGCUGGCUACGUCAAUGUUCAAGGUUUUGGCAUCCGAAAUGAACCUGGGACCAUUACAGACUCAGUCUUAUCUCUCAGUAGCCACUGGUCUACUGAGGGUGUAUCGUUACCCUCGUUGCCACGAGCCAGAAGGAGCGUGGGGGAUUGACGUGCACACAGAUAGCUCAGUCCUCUCCAUUAUUCACCAAGAUGAAGUUGGAGGCCUUCAAGUUUACAGCAAAGAUCAUCAAUGGCUUGACGUCAAUCCUCUUCCCAAUACACUAAUUGUCAAUAUUGGUGACAUGUUGCAGGCAAUGAGUGAUGACAGGUAUAUGAGCGUGAAGCAUAGAGUGAAGGUGAACAAACACAAAGAGAGAAUAUCAAUAGGUUAUUUUGUAUUCCCUGCCGAAGAUGCAAUCAUUCAAAGCACAAACUACAAGCCCUUUACCUACGCCGAUUUUCGAGCACAAGUUCAACAUGAUUUGAAGACAGUAGGUAUCAAGACUGGUCUCCAGAAAUUCAAGUUUACUACUCAAAUCUCUUAACUGAGUAUCUUAGUUUUAAUGGAGAAAAAAGGUGCACAAAUAAUUAGCUCCUGCUGUAUCUUUAGCUGACUGUAACUUGUAUAAGCUAGUAAUAUUCAGGUUUUUUUCUUGGUUAUAAUUUUUCCAAUGUCCUUUCCUGUUGUGAAGAAAUGGUAAUUGUAGAUUACUCUCUAUAAUUUCAUUUUCGUUCUAGGAAAUUUUAUUUUGUGUCUGA